AUGGAUUUAACACUUCUUUGCUCUUCCCUACAGGACAAUGAGAAGCGGACACUGUUGCAUGCAGCUGCCUAUCUAGGAGAUGCAGAAAUUAUAGAGCUUCUCAUACUAUCAGGAGCCAGAGUAAAUGCCAAAGACAACAAGUGGCUCACUCCUCUGCACCGGGCCGUGGCUUCCUGCAGUGAGGAGGCUGUCCAGGUGUUAUUGAAACACUCUACAGACGUGAACGCCAGGGACAAGAACUGGCAAACGCCGCUCCACAUCGCUGCGGCCAAUAAGGCAGUCCGCUGUGCCGAGGCCCUGGUCCCUCUCCUCAGCAACUUGAACGUGUCAGACCGGGUGGACACCAGAAGGCGUACCACGGCCACCACCAUGGUCCUGGUUCAGUCUCUGCUGGAUCUAGACGUGAGGAACAGCCAGGGGCGCACCCCUCUGGACCUGGCUGCCUUUAAAGGCCAUGUGGAGUGUGUUGACGUCCUCAUCAACCAGGGAGCCUCCAUCCUGGUUAAAGACUUCACCCUGAAGAGGACCCCCAUCCACGCUGCAGGUACGCAUAGGAUUUUACGUAAGACCUAG